AGUGGCCGCUAGAUGGCACCAAACGCUUGGCUUUCUGGUUGGAUUCUUGGUCGUACAGGCUUCCGUACAUUUGUAGCAGGAGGAAAACAUGGCCGCGGCCUUUGCAAGAAGAGCGUGCGGUUUGCUGAGGCCAGUCGCUGCUUCUCUGGGCAGGACGGCUCAAGUCUGUCACUUGUUCGGCACUGUUCGUCCCCAGCGGUUUUGUACCUUUGCCAUACCCAAGAUCUGUGGUCCUGUUCGGGCUCCACUCACCCUCACAUCGCGGCCCAGCAUCCUCCAGCGGGUGUGCCCUCUUGCUCCCAGUUUGACUAAGCAGCCAAGCAGAGAGAUUACCUACUACAGUGUGAAGAAGGGGAAGAGGAAAACAUGCAAGUCUGUCCCUGAAAGGUUCAUGAGGUUGCACUGUGGCCUUUGGAUAAGACGCAAGGCUGGGUACAAGAAGAAGCUGUGGAAGAAAAUGCCUGCCAGACGCAGACGCCUGAGGGAGCAUGUCUUCUGUAACAAGACCCAGAGCAGGCUGCUGGACAAAAUGACCACGUCAUUCUGGAAAAGGAGGAACUGGUUUCUCAACGAUCCUUACCUGACAUAUCAUGACCGAACAAAUCUAAAAUUCUAAUGGAUGACCUUUUUCUGUGUAAAUAUCUUGUAAUAAAACUUGUAUUCAUGAAUAAAUUAAAAUAACAGACAA